AUGGCGGACCAGCAGAUCAUUUUCACCAAGGACGCUCCUUUCCCCGUCGGCCCUUACUCCCAGGCCAUCAAGACCCCGACGGCCAUCUACUGCUCUGGCCAGAUCCCCCUCACCGCUGAGGGCACCAUGGUCGAGGGCUCCAUCGCCGACAAGACCAAGCAGUGCUGCCAGAACCUGGAGGCUGUUCUGAAGGAGGCUGGUUCCUCUAUCCCCAAGGUUGUCAAGUGCAACAUUUUCCUCUCCGAUAUGGCCCACUUCGCUGAGAUGAACUCUGUUUACGAGAAGUGGUUUGCCCACAAGCCCGCUCGCAGCUGCGUCGCUGUCAAGACCCUCCCCAAGAACGUCGACGUUGAGAUUGAAGCCAUUGCUCUCCCUUGA